AUGGUCUUUAAAAAGGGCAACAUAGAGUUUAUCCUGGAAUCUCUGGAGACAAACUGUGACCACGAUUACGUUGAGUAUUUUCGCAAGGUUCCGGACACGAAACUGCUUUAUACCUUUCGAGUGGUUAAACUGGCACCUGCUUUCACCAUCGAUAUUACAGUGAAAGUAAUUAAAACACAGAGAGUAUUCUAUAAGAUGGAGAACCUAAAGGGAUGUGACUUUCUGAACAAUCCGCUCCUGUUCAAAAUGUUUGGCGAGGUCUACAACCACCUCGUGGUCAAUGGCAGUUACUUUAAGUGCCCCAUCAAGCCGAAGGUUUAUUACCUGAAAAAUGAGGGUACGGUCUCAAUAAUUCCCAGCAUCCAUCCACCUGGACGCUUUCAGCUGUCGAUGCGUGUUAGAAUGGCGGAGAGUCGAGCGCCGUUCGUUAUGGAAAUGUUGUGGAAGUAUAAAAUUGUGCGUAUCAAAUAA